AUGCCACCUGAAAACAAAAAAAAAGGGAGGAAAGCUGGGGGGCAGAAGAAGCAAAAGAACAGGGGUGAGUCAUGGUGGGAGGAGGUGGCCGAGUCCAGGCACAGGCUGGCAGUGCCGGAGAAGGAGCUGCUCUGAGACCACUUGACUCAACGGAGGGAUGAAGCCCGUCAAGCCAAGGCUUCCGAAGACCAGCUGAGGCAGAGGCUGCAAGGGGUAGAGGCUGAGCUGGAGGGGGCCCGGAGUGAAGGGAAGGCCAUAUAUGCAGAGAUGAGUCGCCAGUACCAGGCCCUGCAGAAGGAGGUGGAGAGCCACAGCAAGCAGAGAGAGGAAGAAGUCAGGGACUUUCGGAGGCAGCUGGAGGCAUGCCAAAGGGAGGCUGCGGCUGCCCGAGAAGAGGCUGAGCAAGCCCUAGGAGAGCCGGACCAGGCCCUGGCUCAGCUUCAGGCCCAUGUGGCAGACACGGAAGCCAAGUAUGAGGAAAUCUUACACAUGAGCACCACCGACAGCCUGGACAGGCUCUUGGCCAAGCUGAGAGCCAUCAAGCCACAGUGGGAUGGAGCUGCACUAAGACUCCACGCCAGGCUCAAGGAACAGCUAUGCCAGUUCGGACUACCCCCUGGAUCUUUGAGGCCUCCAGCCUCUAGUCUCUCAGGCUCUCUGAGGCCCCGGCAAUAA